UAUGGCAGACUGGAGGUCUAUUACAGGGGACAAUGGGGGACAGUGUGUCAGGACAAUUUCAGUCCAAAUGAUGCAAAAGUGGCUUGUCGUCAACUAGGGUUCUCAAGCUACACUCGAUAUGGAACAGUUGUAGCGCUAGGUUUCUCCCAAGCUUCAUCAUCCACUCGGACAUGGCUGGAUGAGCUUCGUUGUCGAGGAACUGAGAGAAGACUCAUUAAUUGCCCUGCUAACCCUAUCGGAGUUGAAGAUUGCACCCAUUUUGAAGAUAUUGCCUUGGUCUGUACUGGAGGUACUACAACUGGAGGUACUACAACAUCGGCAUCGGCGUCCAGCGUAUCUAUCAGUAUUGGAGUAACUGUUCCUAUCAUCUUCGUGUGUUUGAUUAUCAUCUCGUUCCGUUUUAUCAUAAGAUUUUGUUGCCUGAAUCGCUCCCCACCCAGGACUCUAAACACUAACACUACGUCGACAGCUACAACGACCGUCACAAAUACACAAAAUACAGCCUACUCCAUGAACCAAAGAUCCCCAAACUCUAAUCAGCCUCCCCCUCCAAAUGUUCAUGGACCUCAACCAGCAGCUGCCUACCCGACUGGACAAUAUGCCACCCCCUCGUACUACACAUCCUACCCUCAGCAACCCCCAGCCACUGCAAAACCCCCCUCUGCAGUGUAUUUUUCUGGUGGAGAAGCCCCUCCACCAUAUCCAGGCUAACUUUUGAUGUCUCAUAUUAUAGCUCAAUUUCGUAGUUCAAUAUUCUCUUUUCCAAUUUAUCACAAAACUGCUAUUAUAAUCCAUACAUGCUUGCAUGGUAUUCGGCCAGAAACUGUCAAUUCUUUCAUCUCCCAAAUACGAACUUUUCAACUUUGAGCUGGGAAACUGUUUGAUAGAUAAAAAACUGGCUAAUAAUUUUAGGACUUAGUGCUUUCACUUUCUAGAUACACUUUACAUGACCCCAGUAUGUGCCUAUAAAUAAGAAGCCCUAUUUAGCUAUAAUAUUAUACAGUGUUGGAUCAUGAAUAACAUUAAUAUUGGGAUUCGCAUCACUAACACCACAGACACUAUGAUGUCAGAGGUCAAUAACACAAUUCAAGGGUCAAAUACAUGAGGAAGUUGUGCACAUUUGAGGCCAGUAACGUAACUUUAUAUAUAAUUAUGGUAUAUUAUAAAACCUCAAUAAAGGGGCACGUGAUGCGUAACUUCUUCUUUUUCUUUCUUGCCUCCAACACCUCCGAAUUAACAGACAAACUUCCUGCACCAACUUGUGAGUCUCCAUGCACUGUAUACCUUUCUAUGCAUGCGCACCAGGCAUAAUAAUGGUUGGAGACUUCACUACAGUACAUACAAGUUGUCACCGCUGAUGGCAUGAACUUGUAUGUACUCAACGCCCUGCAGUUAUGUAGUCAAUGCUACCAACAGGUAAAUAUAGUUGUAAGUAUAUAUUAUACGCAGCAAAAACACAUAAUUAUGUUAUAUGGGAUGCAUCUACAAUCGUCAUGUUAGCCGCCAUGCACCGUAUACAGUCAGUAGCCUACUAUAGCCUUAUCUAAGUUAUUGCAGUAAGACCAAAUUAUAUAGGUCACAGUUUGUUAUUAUAGUAAGGGUGAAAUUGCCAGGGACUGACAAACUGACUGACAACGUGAGUGUGUAUGGGGAAUAACCCAACAGGAUAUAAACAGGACAUGAAAGAAGAUAUUAAAGGGUGAUCACACUAUAUACACACAAGCAUGCAGAAGUACAGCUUUGAUACAAGUGUAAUAAGGAUAAAGGUUAGUGACCUAACAUCAACACAUCAUGCAGUCACAUGAAUGAUCCCACCAGUUCAUACCACCCACAUGACAUCCUAUACACAUGGUUGAGAGCUGUAUAAAAGUUGUGCUUUCAUGAAUUGCAAGAAAAAUUUUACCAAUGAUGAAUUGUUUACUGUGGAAGACAGCUACUCUCCUGAGCCUGGUUUGGGCUGUUGGAGGACAAUCAGAUGGAGAUCUGAGGCUGGUAGACAGGUCAGGUGGAACAGAAGGCUCCUCUGGCAGACUGGAGGUCUAUUACAGUGGACAAUGGGGGACAGUGUGUGAUGACAGCUUCACUCCAAAUGUUGCAAGUGUGGCUUGUCGUCAACUAGGGUUCUCCACCGCCACUCGAUACGGAACAGUUGGAACACUAGGUUUCUCCCAAGCUUCAUCAACCACUCGGACAUGGCUGGACGAUCUUGGUUGCUCAGGAAAUGAGAGAAUACUCAUUAAUUGUCCUGCUAGCCCUAUCGGAGUUGAAGAUUGUACCCAUUCAGAAGAUGUGGCCUUAUCCUGUACUGGAAGAACUACAAGUUCUCCAACUGGAGAUCUGAGGCUGGUGGACAACUCAGGCCAAACAGGAGGCUCCUCUGGCAGACUGGAGUUCUUUUACAAUGGACAAUGGGGGACAGUUUGUCAGGACAACUUCAGCCCAAAUGAUGCAAUAGUGGCUUGUCGUCAACUAGUGUUCCGGCCAUACAUUCGAUAUGGAACAGUUGGAAGGCUAGGUUUCUCUGAAGCUUUAUCAUCCACUCGGACAUGGCUGGACGAGCUUCGUUGUCGAGGAAUUGAGAGUAGACUCAUUAAUUGCCGUGCUAACACUAUCGGAGUUGAAGAUUGCACCCAUUCAGAAGAUGUGGCCUUGAUCUGUGCUGCAAGUUUUGCAAGCACUGCAAGCCCAAAUGGAUACCUGAGGCUGGUAAGCAACUCAGGUCGAACAGGAGGCUCCUCUGGCAGACUGGAGUUCUAUUACAAUGGACAAUGGGGGACAGUGUGUCAGGACAACUUUGACUCAAGUGAUGCAAGAGUGGCUUGUCGUCAACUAGGGUUCUCAACCUACACUCAAUACGGAACAGUUGGAACGCUAGGUUUCUCCCGACCUACAUCAUAUGAUACUCGGACAUGGUUGGACGAGCUUCGUUGUCGAGGAUCUGAGAGCAGACUCAUUGAUUGUCCUGCUAAUGCUAUCGGAGUUGAAGAUUGCUUCCGUUUUGAAGAUAUUGCCUUGUACUGUACUGGAUCAUUGGUGUCCAGCGUAUCUAUCGGUGUUGGAGUGUCUGUUCCUGUCAUCAUCAUCAUUUUCGUGUUUGUGAUUAUCGUCUUGUCCCGUAGUAUCAUAAGAAGGCGUUGCCUGAAUCGCCCCCCACCCAGGAAUCUAAACACUAACACUACGUCGGCUACAACGACCGUCACAAAUACACAAAAUACAGCCUACUCAAUGAACCAAAGAUCCCUAAACUCUAACCAGCCUCCCCCUCCAAAUAUGCAUGGGCCUCAACCAGCACCUACCUACCCGACUGGACAAUAUUCCGCCCCCUCGUACCACACGUCCUACCCUCAGCAACCCCCAGCCCCUUAUCCUCAGCAACCCCCAGCCCCUGAAAAACCGCCCCCUGCACUGUAUUUUUCUGGCGGAGAAGCCCCUCCACCAUAUCCGGGAUAACUAUAUAUGCAUGCAUGGGUAUAAUGCCCACAAUUCAAGUACCUAUUGACCGAUAGUGAUAGCAAAUUAGUAUAUCUGCUGUAUAUACUUGAUGUCUCAUAGCUCAAUUUUCAUCUCUCCUUCUGAUAUUAAAUUUGUUGUCAGAAUAAUUAUGAUAAAGCACUUA